UACUAAUUACGUGUUCUACGGCGUCCUCUGAUUUUAUUCACGGAAAGUGAUCGCCAUAUUGCUUCCGUGAAUUCAUUGAAAUAUUUCUGCAUUUCUCAUCUAUUAUGACUGUAAUACCAAAAUGAAGUGAAAUAAAAGGAACCACAUUCAAUCAGUGACUGCGGAGACCCAUUUUUGUGCAUCCUAAGCCGUGGCAUAGGACGAAAAAGCGCGGAACGGCCAGGCAGGAUGUCGUUCGAAAAGUUAGAAGUGGUGAACCCGGCGGAAAAGGAGGCCAGUGAGGUGCUACACUCGCUGCUCUCGGUGGAACGACGUAGUGUGGACAGCAAGGAAGCCAUCAUCGUGUCCAUCCCGUCGGAUCAGAAUGGCGGCGGCGAGUAUGGCGAGAGCGCCCAAUGGCACACACCUGUCAUGGGCCAGCACUCUGUUUUUGAAAUGGGAGCCCCUUCCAAUAUGCAGCAGCACCAAUACAAUGGGCACCAGGAACCGGUUUUAUGGCAAGGACAUACAAUCCAAGUUGAAAAUGGGGAUGCAAACAUGCAAGGAAUGUCUGCCUCAUACACCAUUCAAUUUGAUACCCAUGUCAAUGAGACAGGAGAAAUGGAGGUGGAUACUAAGCCCAAAGUUGAGAAGAAAAUUGGAAUGAAGAAAAAGAAAAAGACAGACUCGGACAGUGACGAAGAGGUGUUGGAUAAUAAACUGGAGGAUAAUCCUACACAGGUAAGAGAAAGGCUCAAAAGAGGUUGUGAUUGUAAAGACAACUGCUACCGUGGUCUAAACCCAGAAGCGGUAUACCGACACCGCCUGAACAUCGCCGAACUGACCAAGAGCGAACACGACAUGUAUCUCAUGGGCAUCACAAUGGCCAGCUUGGCCAACCCUGCAGAGACCUCACGGCACAAAGUCAGAAGGAGACUCAGGGCUUGCUAUGUAUACCAAGGUCGGAAGGUUUGUCUUGAAGCUUUCUUGUAUUUAGAGAAUGUUACCCAUUACCAAUUAAAGCGCAUACGACAACAUGUCAUGACGCAUGGCGUCGCGCCGAGGAUACAUGGGAACGUCGGAAAAAAGCCGUACAACACCUUCACAUUGGAUAUCUACAAACACGCUACAAACUUCUUAAAAGAAUACUUGAAGCAACAUGCUAGUUCGCCUAAAGAUGUUCAACCAUCUGGCGACGGAAAAAAAGCCAGCAAGACUGUCAUCAUACAGGGCGACUCUCGCAAGCACUUAUUCGAGGCAUAUAAAGAAUACGGGGAAAUUCUCGAGCCAGGCGUUAAACUUAUGGGUUAUUCAACAUUCAGAGCAUUCAUGAAGGAUCAGUUCCCGCACGUCAAAUUCGCGACGAAGAAACAAGACAUGCCCAAAGAAUUGGUGCCGUUCCGCAGCGGGAAGUGUAUGUCUUACGAUAAAAAUAAGGAUCCGAUCAGGAUACAGCAGGAGAAAGAGAAGGCGGAGGCGAAGAAGGCAGCUAUGGAAGCGAAGAAAAAAGAGGAGCACGAGAGGGAGCAGCAGGCGCAGCAACAGGCGCAACAAGUGCAGCAGCAGCAACAGCAGCAGCAGCAACAACAACAACAGCAGCAGCAACAACAACAACAAGUGCAGCAGGUGCAGGUGCAGCACCAGCAGAUGCAGGGCCAGCCGCACGUGGUGAUCCACCAGCAGCAGGGCGGGCAGCAGCUGCAACAGCAGAUGCUGGUGCCGCAGGUGAGCCAGCACCAGCAAGUGCUGCCGCAGCAGGUGCCGCCGCAGCACUGCGUGCAGACGCUGGGCGUGGGCGAGGAAGGCGGCCAGACGGUGGAGAUGGCGCAGCAGGUGAUCCCGCUGGCGGUGGUGCAGCAGCCGCAGCAGGCCUACAUCGUGACGCCCGUGUCGCACUUCCAGACGCGCGUGCAGGGCGCCUGGUACCGCCAUUGACGCCCGCCGAACAAACAAUCCACAGUCUCUGUCUGUGACCGCUGUUACUUUGGCAAUAAGUUAGCGAGGAUAGUUAAGUUCGCGCCCUUUCAGUAUUUGUUGAAGAAACUGAUUACGACUAUUGUUUAAGUAUGAAGUUAAUCGUAUUUACACGACUUAUAUUAGUGCUAGUGCUAGCUACGUAGAUUAUUUUGUAUUCCAGGCGAGAUCGAAUCGAUCCGGUAAAAUAGUGUGACCUUCGGUUAUUCGCCAUUGUGAGUUGGUUUGAUAAAUGUAUGAGCAAUAUGAAUAAAUAGUUUAGGACCAGUUUACCUAUUUUAGCUUCUAUUACGAAACUCGAAGUUCACAUCCAUGUGUCUUAAAAAUUAAAACAACUAUUUUGUACUGUAGAAACAUGACGCCCCUUAAAACCAUAGGACUGUUCGAAUGAUACUAAACUGUAGUGAUAAGUUAUCCAGUCGCUGACUUGAACUGAUAAAUUAUUGAGAAAAAUAUGCUUCAUACAUAUUUUAGGCACAAUAUAUUUAUGUUUUGUGCUAAACCAGUUAAUGUAAACAGAUGUUAAGGAGAUACACUAUGUACAUCCUAAGGAACAUAACAAUACAUAGACAAGAAAAAACAGUUACAAGAUGUACAUAGAGUCAGCGCCUUUUUUGACAAAAGCAGUGCCUUCAAAGUUUGAUGUGAAUAACAAGUUCAAAUGAAUUUAUUAUUUCCUGCUGAAUUAGUUGUUUGCUUUAUCAAAUGAACAAUUUCGAAGUAUUUGAGUAUAUUUUUAGUAGGUUUUUGCGUCGAGGCAUUUUGCCAUGGAACUAAGAAAAGAACGAUAAGAUCAUAAUAUUUUAUCUUCCUUGUUAAUAAAAUUAAAUGUAUUUGUAUUACAUACAUAUCAAUAACCACAACCAAUCAAUUUUGAAAAGACUUUGUCAUAAUAAGGUUCCUUAAUUUUUUAACUCUACUUAUUUUUCUUCUAAUACUGUAAUUUCAGUCGCAGUUUUUAAAUUAAUAAUCCUGUAAUGAUAGGGCUUCCAUCUUACAUUCUCUUUACACUGGAUGUUUGUAGCCCAACCUAUUUCUAAUUUGUAUAUGAAUCAGAUUGCGGUUUAUUAUAUAAAACAGAACCAUCUAUUGUUUAAUUGUCAUAGUGAUAGUACAUAUAAAUAUGAUGUUUUAGGAUUAUUUGAUUUAUAUACAAAAUAAGUACACGGUAUUUCAUUAUUGGAUACUUUUUGUACUAUUUAGUUUUGCAAGGUUUUUAUAAAUUCGUAUUUUUGAAAUUGCACGUGAAUAUAUUGAUAUCGUGAUGUGACGUCACGAGAUGAUUUAUAUCCUAUGAAUUCUAUUUAUAUCACCGCCUGCACUCAAUACGUCAUUUUACAGUUCAUUAUUUUACAAUUAGCUAUUAGAUUACAUUAUAUUUUAAUGCGAAUGUUUUUCUUAAUUUCGCGUGAUUGUACCGUAUGUAUGUAUGAAAUGCUAGGCAUCACAGGAGGUGAAUUUGAAAAUCUCAUUUUAAUAGUGAUAGUAUAAUUUAUGUAAUGAUAGAAGUGUGUAAUCAUAAUCAUAAAUAUAGACAGUACAGAAAUGUGCCUAGAAAUUAUGCUUAUCCGUGUAUUUUUAUAGUGCAAUAAUGUGCGAGAUUCGAAGCAUUGUGAGAUCCGUUUUAUAUUAUUAAAAUAACUCUGCAUAUCGAAAUGAAUUAGUAACACAAGUUUAAGUUAUCAAAAGCUAUUUUUAUUAGCCAUAAAAAAAAUUAACUGUUGUUUUUAUUCAUCAUUUUCAAUACGAUGAUUGUAUUGAUAAUUAAAUUAAGCCUUUCGAUUUUAUUUUUAUUUUAAAUAACAGAAAUUAAAAUAAUGUAAAGAGACAAUUUUAUAACUAAUUUAUUAGCUUCGGAUCAUAGUAAUUUGCCCUUAGCAUGAUCUUCGGCAUCUGUUCCAAAUUGAAUACCUUAGGAAGACAGUCAUGAUGUGAUAGCAAUUAAAGUUUUUUACGCUAUA